CCUGCGUUCACGACUUCCAACCUAGCCUCACAUUAAUCACCAAUUUGGGACCAUCCACCAUGUCGGCGUUAAUUAUUCUUGCCGUGAUUGGAGCAAUGGCCGUGGUUCGUUGCGUGUUUUCCUUCCUUCGUCCUAUCAUAACCUACUUUCUACUACGACACUUCCUGUCCAAACGCGCUGACCUGAAAAAAGCGGGCGAUUGGGCCAUCGUGACUGGAUCAACAGACGGCAUUGGCAAAGCAUUUGCUCACGAGUUGGCUCGUAGUGGACUGAAUGUGUUCCUUAUAAGUAGGUCAACUGAAAAACUAAUGAAGGUGGCCAACGAAAUCGAAUCCCAGUUCAAGGUGGAAACCAAAAUUUUCACCGCUGACUUCACUACCGUAAGUUACUUGUACAAAAUAAUUAAACUACUUUUAUUACCUCGUUACCGUACUUGGCGCGUAGGCACCACAUAUUCACUUUUACCAGUUGAUUAUCUGUUUAAAUUGCCAAGGGUCCAUGCCAAGGGACAGUGUUGA